AUGGAUUCAAAGUUCAUUUCCAUUGAACUUGAGAAGUAUGUACGAGAGGACCUAACCCGAUCUAUAAAGGACCUACGUAGUAUUCUACAUGCGAAGCACAGGCAUGAUAUAACUAUGUACAAGGUUUGGGAAGCUAAACAGAAGGCAGUUAUGCAUAUUUACGAGGAUUUUGAUAAGUCGUACGCGGAAUUGCCACGGUUUCUAGCGGCAUUGUCCGAUGCAGAUCCAGACACUAUAACCACGUUAAAGUGCGACCCCCGUGUCCCGAGGACUUGUAUAUUCAACUCCACGUUUUGGGCUUUUGGUCUGUGUAUUAAAGGUUUCAGGCAUUGCAGGCCGGUGAUAAGCAUAGAUGCAACGCACCUCUAUGGCAAGUACAAAGGAAAGCUGUUGAUAGCAAUGGCAACAGAUGGUAACAACGAGGUUUAUCCACUUGCAUUUGCCGUUGUUGAAAGCGAGGGCACGGAGUCCUGGGAAUGGUUCUUGGCAUGCCUGCUGACCUAUGUUACGGACUGGACCAAUUUGUGUAUAAUAUCCGAUAGGCAUUGUGGGAUACAAUCAUGCUUCGAUGACACUGAACAUAGGGGCUACUUGCAACCGCCCUUAGUCCAUCACCGGUAUUGCCUCUACCAUUUAGUAAGCAAUGUUAACACUAACUUCAAUAGUGUGGCGUUGAAGAACUUGGUAUGGAAGGCAGCAACUACAAAUCAAGUUAGGAAGUUUGAAAACACCAUGGAUUGCAUCAAGAAUGUCAACCCGGAUGCGUAUAACUAUCUUAAAGAGGUAGCUCAAGAAAAGUGGACACUUGUACAUGACCAUAGGCACCGAUAUGGGGCAAUGACAACCAACCUGUCAGAGUGCUUCAAUGGGGUACUUAAGGGCGCACAUAGCUUGCCCAUAACUGCAAUGGUUCAGUUCACAUUUUACAAGGUGAACUCGUACUUUGACGAUCAUCGAAACAAAACACUAGAGCAAUUAGAAGAGGGGCAAGAGUGGUGCAAAUAUGCCUAUGACAAGUUUGAGGCAAAUCAAGAGAAGGCGAAGUUCCAUAUGGUUAGAAGGAUGAGCGCGCAACAGUGCUUAUAUACAGUGGAGACACAGUCUUCACUGUUGAACACUGGUGGGGAAGCUCACACCCAUAGGGUUUCCCUCAUGGACAGGACAUGCACGUGUGGGAAAUGGGAAGCAAACAAGAUCCCUUGUUCACACUUGAUAGCAUUUUGUGCCAAGUACAAGCACAAUGCCACGGAGUUUAUGGAUCAUUUCUAUCGAGUGGAAGAACGGUAUCAUAGCUAUGAGCUGAUAUUCCAACCACUGAAAGAUAGGUUAGAAUGGCCAGAGCCGCAAGAAAGGAGAAUAGUGAUGCAAAACCCAAGGUUGAUCCGUGAGAAAGGUCGGCCUAAGUCCACAAGAAUCCAUAAUGAGAUGGAUGACGAGGAUAGGGAGUUGCCAACCUCGUUGUGGAUUGAGAACGGACCAAAGUCGAAGUGUGGGUUGUGUCGCCAAAAGGGUCAUAACCGUCGUUGA